AAAAAUACAAACUUCUAUGGGUUAUUUGUUGUUGGUUUUGAGUUUGCUUUCUGUUUUUGUUUCUGGGUUUGGAAAAAGGCUCCCAAUUCUUUCAUUUGAUGAAGGGUAUAGUCAGUUGUUUGGGGAUGAUAAUCUAGUUCUCCAUAGAGACGGUAAAGCUGUUCAUUUGUCUUUGAAUGAGAGAACAGGGUCUGGAUUUGUGUCUCAAGACCUUUACUUGCAUGGUUACUUCAGUGCUUCAAUAAAGUUGCCCGCCGAUUAUACAGCUGGUGUUGUGGUUGCUUUCUAUAUGUCAAAUGGUGAUAUAUUCGAGAAGAACCAUGACGAAAUAGAUUUCGAGUUCUUGGGUAACAUCAGAGGCAAAGAUUGGAGGAUUCAGACAAAUAUUUACGGCAAUGGAAGCACCAGUGUUGGCAGAGAAGAAAGAUACAAUCUUUGGUUCGACCCUGCUGAUGAUUUCCAUCAAUACAGUAUCCUCUGGACUGAUUCUCAAAUCAUAUUUUAUGUUGACAAUAUCCCCAUUAGAGAGUUCAAAAGAACAGCUGCAAUGGGCGGAGACUUUCCUUCUAAGCCAAUGUCCUUGUAUGCUACAAUAUGGGAUGGAUCUGAUUGGGCUACUAAUGGUGGCAAAUAUAGAGUCAAUUACAAAUACGCUCCUUACGUUGCCGAAUUCUCCGACCUGAUCCUCCACGGUUGUGCCGUGGAUCCCAUCGAAUUCUCGUCCAAGAAGUGUGACACCACCUCUCAAAGUUUGGAACUUUCUGCUACCAUCACCCCAUCACAGAGAAGCAAGAUGGAUAGCUUUAGGAGGAAGCACAUGACAUACGCCUACUGCUAUGAUCAAACCAGAUACAAAGUUCCACCGACGGAGUGUGUGAUCAAUCCCAAAGAAGUUGAAAGACUCAAAAAGUUCGAUCCAGUCACAUUCGGAGGAGGCAGGCGUCACCACGGGAAACGACACCAUCAAAGCCGAUCUAGCCGGUCCGAGGCCGAUACCAUCUAAAAUGAAUAAAACAGACCAUUAUUUGAUUACAUUUGGGGCAUUAUUUUCCUCUCCUUUUCCACUCAGUUUGGGGGUCAGUUUUGUGUAUAGAGAGGAGAAGCAAUGAAUAUUUAUCUCAACAGUGACAGCUGUUUCUUAUUUAAUAUAUGUUUAGUCGAUG